ACAGAAACUUGAACUAGAAUGGUCAUUUGUCCAGCUGUAACUCACAGGACAGACAGCACAUGGAUUUACUCAUGUAUGGUGAACAUAAUGGACAUAGAAGGGCAUUUUUGAAGACUCCAAAAAGGAGCAUAGAUCACAGACAAAAUCUCAGAUGAGAUGAACAACGACACCACAGAGAGAGAAUACAAUGGACAAAAACGAGAUGCCAAAAGAGUUGCUGAAUAACUCCAAAGACAUGAUGAAGGAGAACAAAGAGGGUGAACAUGCCACCCAUGAGAGGGAGAGGCAGAAAAAUGAAAAGGCUCACAAAGGCCAUGAGCUGAGUAAGACAAGGAUACAAAUGGAGAUGACGGAAGACAGAACAGAAGGUCGAGCAACCUGCUACAGCAAGAGUCCCUCUGAGGUCCCCCUCGUUUGCCCUUCAUCAGAUGUCGAUAAUGAGAAGAAGGAUCAUCAUACAGUGAAAUUCAAGAAUAACUCUGCCAUUUCAGCUAAAGAAAUUGCACUAAUUUUGGAGGGGGACAAACUCCUACGUGACACAGAGGACCAGAGUCAUGAGGAGAAGUUCAACAAUGCCUCUGCCAUUUCAGCCAAAGAAAGGGAACAACCUGUGGAGGACGAUAAACUAUGUGACACAGAGGACCUGAAGAAGAGUCUCUCUCUGGUCAACCUCUUGGUCUGCUAUUCAGAUGACAGUGGAGAGGAGGGAGAUAACAGGUCUGAGAGCGCCUCCUCAUCACAAUAUGAAAGACCAAUGGUUUAUUGUGAGAAUAUCAAAGACAAGAGUGUGAGGAGGAGGGUCCUUAAAUGGGCCAAUAAGAAAGCAAAGGACUACUACAGCAAGAAGAUUGAAAAGACAUUAAAGAGAGAGCAAGAGGAGGGGAAUGAGCUAUAUGCACCAUGGUACAGUACAAAUGCAAUGAUGCGCUCGCAAAGGGAGCAGGAGAAGAGGAAGGCAUUGUUGAAAGCGGAGGGGAGACGGCAGCGCCUAGAGAAAUUCUUGCUCAACUGGGAGGCCAAACAGGCCCAGAAGAGGGCUCUAAGGAUGGAGGAAGAGGAGGGAUUUAACAGGGAAGUCGAUGACCUAUGGUUUGUGAACGACCUUAUGUAAAGAAUUGGAAGUGGACAAUUUGGCUUGGAUGAUGAAACACAGAAAAAAAACUGUUGAAGACAGGAAGAACAGAGGCAACCGGAUAUCUAGAAAAAAUACACAACACUUCUCACAUGGAGCAAAACUAUUUUGAAUGCAAAAAAAAACAUCCACACACUUCAAUCUUAUUAUUUUAUUUUUAUUACUAUUAUUAUUACUAUUAUUA